AUGCUGGUGGCUCGGGCGGGUGCGACUGCGGUUUUUCUCGAUGGGAAAAUAUAUGUAAUGGGAGGUUGCGGGGAAGACGAGUCGGUGACUUGGAUGGAAGUGUUUGACAUAAAGACUCAGACUUGGAUGGCCUUGCCGAGCCAUGGAGCCGCCGAGUUGCGCAAGGAGCGUUGGUUUAUAGCCAAUGUGCUUGAAGGAAAGAUUUAUGCAAUUGCUGAGAUGAAACACUAUGCUUAUGAUCCGAAAGAAGGUACGUGGAGGAACGUUGUGGAAACGCACGAGGAAAGCUGGUGGCUAAAUAAGUGGUGUGUGGUAGAUGAUGUAAUGUAUUGCUAUUCACACUCCGGUUGUUGCAUGUGGUUCGACUCGAAAACUAGAAAGUGGUUAUUUGUCAAGGGUAGCGAUAUAGAUUGCAUGCGUAUAAUGCCUACAUGUGGCUUAGCAUCUGGUGUGCUUAAAGUAGCUAACCAUGGUGGGAAGCUUUUAGUUAUGUGGACCCCCAUGUUUGAGGCUAUUAACGCAAUCCCGAUGAGGAAUAUUUGGUGCGCGAAAAUCGCGUUAGAGAAGCGUCAUGGAGGUGAGGUUUGGGGUAAGCUGGAGUGGGUUGAAACCGUGCUUACGGUCCCCGAGUCCUUUACUUUCUCAAGUGGCGUGGUAGUUUCGAUUUGA